AGAUCGUUGACAUUUGUCAUUAUAAACGUCAAAAAUGGCCGGUGUCUGACGUGUCGGGUGUUUAUAUAUAUUAAAAUGAGGGCUGUUUACGGUUAUUUACUGACGACAUUGUUUUUCGCGUUUAUUUUAAAGUCAAUUUACAGUUUGAUAAGCAUUUACCAAGCUCCGACGUGUAAUAGCGAUGAGGUUUGCUACAAUUCCAUCCUAAACAAAAAUCCUAACCUAGAUUUGUUUGUUUUUAUUUCCGAUAAUUCGCGUUCAGGCAACUAUGAUUUGGUUUUUAGUGAGAAUAAGUUCGAUUUCAGAAAGAACUUUGAAAGAGAGAUUUCCAUCGAGUUGUCGAAAACAUCAAGAAAUAACGGCAGCAUAUUCUUGCAUUCUGUGAUACUUCCAAGUAAAAAGCGUACGAAACCUUCCCUACAUGAAUUAGCUAACGAAAAGGAAUCAACAUACGUUAGAAGUUAUCUCACACGAUAUGCCAUUCCGGCAAGCGCUACAUUCAACUUACUCCGCGAAUCGGGUAAAAAUGAGGUUAUAAAACCGGUGUCUCACUUAAGAUCGCGAUAUUACAUCCUCAUGCUGACAGAGGAGCUGAAUUUACCUCACACGAACAUACCACCAGAGUUCUUAAAUUUUUUCCGAGUUAGCUCAAAACGUGAAUUUUUGCCCAUUGUGCAAGAGGACAGCCUGCAGAUGAGGCUGAAGGAUUUGGAAGAGAUCACUAUGAGUACCAGAGAGGCUAAGUUUUUGUACAGUUAUAAUCCUGCUUCGUUGGGAAAAAUGCGGUUUUUACUGCAAAUAAAAGCCACUUUGGUGCAGUUUAUGACUCUGGGGUUCACGGAAAAAGAUGUCGAUGAAGUUAAGGGGGUUUUCGCAGAUACAAAUUUGUACUUGCUGUGUGCUACAGUUUUUAUUGGGAGUGUGCAUUUGCUGCUUGAUUUUCUUUCCUUCAAAAGUGAUGUUAGUUUUUGGAAAUCGCAGACUUCAAUGGCAGGAUUAUCCUCGAGGACAGUUUUGUGGAGGGCUUUUUCCCAAACUAUUAUAUUUUCAUAUUUGCUUGAUGAAGGUACGUCUCUUUUGGUGUUGAUACCGAGCGGAAUUGCUACACUAAUUGAGUUUUGGAAAGUGAGCAAAGUCCUGAAGACGACCGUUUCGUGGAACGGCGGAUUUUCUUUUAGCAAGGAAACCAACGAAAGUGAAGAGGAAAAGAUGACGAGGAAAUACGAUGAAGAGUGCAUGAAAUAUUUGAGUUAUCUGUUGUACCCUCUUUGUCUAGCUGCGGCUGUAUAUUCCUUGAUUUACCAGCCACACAAAAGUUGGUAUUCGUGGACAAUAAACAGCCUCGUUAAUGGGGUUUACGCCUUCGGGUUUUUGUUUAUGCUACCCCAACUAUUUAUUAACUACAGGUUAAAAUCUGUAGCAGCCCUGCCUUGGAGAGCGUUCACGUACAGGGCGUUCAACACUUUCAUAGACGAUAUUUUUGCGUUUAUUAUCACCAUGCCAACUGCACAUAGAUUGGCGUGUUUCAGGGAUGAUAUUAUCUUCCUUGUUUAUCUCUACCAAAGAUGGUUGUAUCCCGUGGAUAAGACCCGUACCGAUGACCCUAGAGCUACAGAAACUGCUGAAGAAAGUAAAAAGAAGAAAUAAAUAUUCUAUGUAUUA